UCGUGCCGUUCAGGUCGCUAAAACAUUCUUGUCGUUUUUGUUCGGUCGUCGAGACGCACGCCACGAACCGCGUGGUUAUCACUCGGAGUUUCUUGUGUGCUUUGUUCAGUGUUACCACGCGUUACGUUCUUCUCGUCGUUGUACGAACGUUUCCUCGACGUUUCGAACUGGUGGCAAGGAACUGUGCUUGGAAUAUUCGAAUGGGCCGUGCAACGUGACAGGCACGAGGAUCGUUGGAUAAGCAGACACCGACUAACGGAAUAGCAGUGCAUAACAUUGGCUUUACGUUGCUCAACCAUAUAGAGGAUACCUACAUCCACGGCCAGUUAUCCAUUGAUUGUCUGUAUUCAGUUUCGAGCCCGGAGGUGUACAGCGAAAGAGGCGCCAUUUCUCCAACAACCGUCGACCUCCGUUGAAGAAUUAAGCUGAACACCCUCGAAAAUGAGAAACGAGAGGAUGUCGAGGCUCGCCGGUAUAGCGAUCGUGGUGGCGAUCACGAUCCACGGUUGCUUCGCGGAACUGUACACCGCGUUGGCGGACAUGGAGGAGCUGCUGGAAACGGAGGCGGUGCUGAUCGACACGCUCAACGGCUACAUUAAAGCGCAGGAAGAACGUCUGGCCACUCUGAGAAAAAACGUGGAGGAUUACGCGAGGGAGCACGAGGAGGCGUCGCGAAACAUUCAGCAAUACCUGUCGAAUCCAAUCAACGCUUAUCUGCUGGUGAAACGACUGACCACUGACUGGAAACGUGUGGAAGAGCUGAUCACCCAGGACGUGGGCAAGUCUUUCGUCGCGAAUAUCACCAACUCGAGGAGCGACCUUAAAUUCCCAACUGACGAGGACCUUAAUGGCGCGGCUGUCGCCUUGAUGAGGCUCCAGGACACGUACAAACUCGAGACCGCACAGGUCGCCAGGGGCGUGCUCAACGGGGUCCAGUACAGCACAGGAUUAAGCGCUAGCGAUUGUUUCGAGCUUGGUCGACAGUCUUAUCACAACCGUGAUUACUACCACACGGUUCUGUGGAUGCAAGAAGCCAUGGAUCGCCUUCAGGAGGAACAAAACGCGACCACUACCUCGAAGCCGGAUAUAUUGGAAUAUUUGGCGUUCUCUACGUACAUGCAGGGGAACGUGGCGCGAGCAUUAAGCAUGACGAACGAGCUACUAGAACUGGUACCGACCCACGAGCGAGCUUUGGGCAACCGUGCUUACUACCAGAAGGAGAUCCAGAGCAAGGCGAGCCAGUCGAAGAAGAAACGCGGCGAGGACGGCCAGGACGACACCGCUGUUCCUGCGCAACAUUUCACCGUAGCCGAGGAGAAGGUGAAGACGUGGGAGGAGAUGUCGGAGAGGGAGCGUUACGAGAUGUUGUGCCGCGGUGAGGUGCAAAUCCCCCGGAAAAUGCAGAAAAACCUCAAGUGCCGGUACGUAGAUCGCGGAAUUCCGUUCCUCAAGAUCGCGCCAUUCAAAGAGGAGGAGGCCUAUCUGGACCCGAGGAUAGUCGUCUAUCAUAACGUGAUAUACGACGAGGAGAUCGAGACAAUCAAGAGAAUGGCGCAACCGAGGUUCAAACGUGCCACGGUGCAGAACUACAAAACCGGUGCCUUAGAGAUAGCGAAUUAUAGGAUUAGUAAGAGCGCUUGGCUGCAAGAGCACGAGCACAAGCACGUGGCUGCGGUUAGCAGACGCGUGGAGCACAUGACGAGCAUGACAGUCGAUACAGCGGAAGAAUUGCAGGUUGUUAAUUACGGUAUCGGUGGUCAUUAUGAACCACACUUUGAUUUCGCCAGAAAAGAAGAAACAAACGCGUUCAAAAGUCUAGGAACUGGAAACCGUAUUGCUACAGUUCUAUAUUACAUGAGCGACGUGGAACAAGGAGGUGGUACCGUUUUUACGGCCAUUAACAUCUCCCUGUGGCCCAGGAAAGGCAGCGCCGCCUUCUGGUAUAAUCUCAAACCAAACGGGGAGGGAGAUUUCAAAACGAGGCACGCGGCAUGUCCAGUACUAACCGGUUCAAAAUGGGUUGCAAACAAAUGGCUACACGAGAGAGGUCAAGAAUUCCACAGGCCCUGCACUCUUGAGAAUCAAACGGCUGACGAGGCUGACGUGAGGCACUGAAGUAACCUAUUCAAUACCCGGCUCGACAUUAGUGAAAAUAAAUAAGAAAGAGACAUGUUUCAGAAUCAAUGUUCAACCUCUAGAACGCUCGACUCGCGAGACGCAUUCACGCCGUUGUAAACAGUGCAAAUACUGAACAAGGACAUUGUUGUAUCUAUCGCGAGGUUAACUCGUGGAAAUCGGAAACGUGAACGGCGAUGAUGUGAUUUUUGUAUAGGUCAAGCGACCCUUUCGAAGGCUUUAAUCCCAUGGUUUUAAACGAUUGCAAUCGUGACGAGAAAAAAAAAAAGAAAAGGAACUGCCACUGUUUGAUUAUAUACAUUCAAAGGAACUAAAGAACACCCUCGUUUUUUAUCAGUUUUAUUACAAAAUUCGAAGAAAUUGUAUAGGGUAAAAUAAGAGGGCAGUUUUUGAGAAAGAAAAAAAAUCGUUCGUUCGAAUCUACGAUUAAUAUACUAUCCUUAGACCCUAGAAUUUUUACAGAAGCACACAGCAUUUUAGGCGGUAGCAUACAUUAGAAUGUCAAGCAAUAACGAGUUGCACGUUUGGGCCAGUCGUUAGUUUAUC